AUGAAUUCAGGUCAGUUAUUGUGUGAAAUUCAAGUUCAACCCCACGUGCCAAAGAAUUUCAUUUGGCCAAAAGAGUAUCUAGAGGAUGCUCAUGAAGAACUCCAAGCACCAGUGGUGGAUCUUGAAGGGUUUCUCAAUGGUGACAAUGAAUCCACACAACAUGCAUCUAAUCUCAUAAAUGAGGCUUGUUUAAACCAUGGUUUUUUCCAAGUGAUUAAUCAUGGUGUUGAUCCACUUCUCAUUGCUCAAGCUUAUGAUCAAAUGGAUACUAUUUUUAAACUUCCAAAUCAUAGGAAAGUGAGUGCUUAUAAGGUGCCUGGUUCAAUGUGGGGAUAUUCUGGUGCUCAUGCUCAUCGUUUCUCCUCUAAACUUCCAUGGAAGGAAACUUUCUCUUUCCCUUACCAUGUCAAUGCAUUAGAGGCUGAUGUCACUAGCUACUUCAAAUCUACAUUAGGGGGUGAUUUUCAACAAGCUGGAGUGACAUUCGAGAAGUAUUGUAAGUCGAUGAAAGAGUUGGGAAUGAAGCUGACAGAGCUAUUGGCAAUAAGCUUAGGAGUGAAUGAUCGAUUGCAUUACAGGGAAUUGUUUGAAGAAGGUUGUUCCAUUAUGAGAUGCAACAAUUACCCAUGUUGCCAGCAACCAAGUCUUGUCCUUGGGACAGGACCUCAUUGUGAUCCAACUUCUUUAACACUACUUCACCAAGAUCAAGUUGGAGGUCUUCAGGUUUUUGUUGAUGACAAGUGGCACACUGUUCGACCUCUUCCUAACGCACUCGUUGUUAAUAUCGGAGAUACUUUUACGGCAUUAUCAAAUGGGAGGUACAAGAGUUGCCUCCAUAGGGCCGUGGUUAAUCAACACAAGCAGAGAAGGUCAUUGGCUUUCUUUCUAUGUCCCAAAGAAGAUAAGGUGGUGAGACCCCCUCAAGAUAUUAUUAGCAGAGAUGGGACCAAACUGUAUCCAGAUUUUACAUGGUCACAAUUGCUUCAUUUCACCCAAAAUUAUUACAGAGCAGAUGAAUCCACACUCUCAAAUUUCACCAACUGGUUGAUAUCUUCCAAGCCACUAAUUUAA